AUGGGGUUUUUAGGACUAGUUGGAGGCACACCUGUAACGCUAGAUAACACUGGGUACUCAGGAAAGGCGGGAGAAUAUUUGGUGACAACAGGCAUUGCGGGGUUUUUGAAAGGAAGGUCGGAAGGCUUUCUAGCAUCGGUUGGUAACCGUAAAUUGCUAUGUGGUAAUGGAACAAUGCCAGUGAUAGCAGGCGCUAGGGGGUUCCUGGGAGGAAGCAAAGUGGAAGUGACCACGGGAACAACAGGAGCUCUGGCUAUGGGUAAUAUAGACUGCGGAGGAAUACACGAUUGA